AUGAGGUUCGGCUCCGGGAGGGUGGAGGACGAGAUGGCGCUCACGCGGCAGAGGACCGUGAGAUUCCAUGAUGAGAGGGCAAAGGCAACUAUUCCCAUUCACCAGAAGCAGCAUGGGCUGGCUGCUAGCAGGCUCUCCUUGGGAAGUUCGGGGAAAAACAAGGUCUUUGUGGCAGGAGAUGACUUGUGGUACAACAAGAUUAUUGACCCGUCAAGCGAUUUCAUCUUGACAUGGAUAUACGUCUUCCGCGUGUCAUGCUUCAUUGCUCUGUUCAUGGACCCUCUGUAUUUCUAUGUGCCUGAAAUCGAUUACAGGCAAACCAAUCAUUGUGUCAGGAAGGAUACACGCCUAGCCAUCAUCGUUACUGUAUUCCGAUCAGUUGUCGACCUCUUUUAUGUCAUCCAGAUGAUAAUAAAGUUCAGGACUGCAUACCUUAAUCCAAGCUCAAACUUAGGGGUUUUUGGUCGAGGAGAUCUCAUCACAGAUCCUAAGGAAAUCGCAAAGCGGUACUUGAGAUCUGACUUUGCAGUUGAUUUGGUGGCUUCUUUGCCUUUACCACAGAUCGUUGUUUGGUCUGUGAUACCAGCUAUCAAAUAUUCUUCGUCUGAGCAUGGCAAUGACAUGCUGCUUCUGGUUGCUCUUUUCCAGUAUAUCCUAAGAUUAUACCUCAUCUUUUCCUUGAAUGAUAAAAUAGUCAAAAUUACUGGAGUUUUUGCAAAGACUGCUUGGCAAGGAGCUGCAUACAAUCUGCUGUUAUACAUGAUUGCUAGCCAUGUUUUAGGAGCGCUGUGGUACCUUCUAUCUGUUGAUCGCCAGAUCACUUGCUGGAAAAGGUUUUGCAAUGAAACUGAUUGCCACACUCGGUAUAUGUAUUGUGAUGUAAAACCAGAUUCGAGUUGGAAUGGGACCUUAGUAUUUUCUAGUUGUGAUGCUAAGAACACUAACAAAUUUGACUUUGGUAUGUUCCAGCCAUUGUUAUCAAACAAAACUCCUAAUGAGAGCUUCCUGAAGAAGUAUAUCUAUUGCCUCUGGUGGGGCUUGCAGAAUCUAAGUUGCUAUGGCCAGACAUUGAAUGUGAGCACCUUUAUUGGUGAGACACUUUAUGCUAUACUCUUGGCAGUGGUUGGUCUAGUCUUGUUUGCACAUCUGAUUGGAAAAGUUCAGACCUACCUGCAAUCAAUCACCGCUAGGGUUGAGGAGUGGAGGCUAAAGCAGAGAGAUACUGAGGAGUGGAUGAGACAUAGGCAACUGCCCCAUGAACUACGGGAAAGAGUGAGAAGAUUUGUUCAUUACAAGUGGCUCGCAACUCGAGGUGUGGAUGAAGAAUCUAUAUUGAAUGCCCUACCUACAGAUCUUCGUCAUGACAUCAAGCGCCACCUUUGUCUGGAUCUCGUUCGUAGGGUCCCACUUUUCUCCCAGAUGGACGAUCAACUUCUGGACGCCAUAUGUGAGCGUCUUGUAUCUUCCUUGAGCACAGAGGGCACAUAUAUUGUCCGUGAAGGCGACCCAGUGACUGAGAUGUUGUUCAUCAUUUGUGGUAAGCUGGAAAGCUCCACCACAGAUGGUGGCCGAACAGGUUUCUUCAAUUCAAUCACCCUCAAACCUGGAGAUUUCUGUGGCGAAGAGCUCCUCGGAUGGGCUCUUGUUCCCAAGCCUACCGUCAACCUGCCGUUAUCCACUCGGACAGUGAGGGCGAUUGUCGAAGUUGAGGCCUUUGCUCUCCAAGCUGAUGAUCUCAGGUUCGUCGCCAACCAAUUCAGGCGCCUCCACAGCAGAAAGCUGCAGCACACAUUCCGAUACUACUCUCACCACUGGAGGACCUGGGCCGCGUGCUUCAUCCAGCACGCUUGGCGCCGCCUGAGAAGGAGGAAGAUGACCAAGGACCUGAGUAUGAGGGAGUCGAUCUCCUCCAUGAGAUCAUACGAAGGCGACAACUCCCCUGAACAGAAUCUCGCACUUAGAAGAGGAGCCAGCAUCAUCAGAGAACUGCCUAAGUUCAGGAAACCAUCGGAGCCAGAUUUCUCAGCAGAGCAUGAUGACUGA